GCCACCAAAUCACACGCACCAAACCAGAAAAGAGUAGCAAAAAUCAACACACACAAAAAAGAAAUAGAAAAAAUGAGUUCGAAAAUCAUCUCGAGCUGCCAUCCAACACUCCAUGUUGAGUCAAUUCCCAAACAAUCACCCCAAAUUAUGUCCUUCAGUUCCCAGCUAAUUAUCAAGUCAAGAAAGCCAUCGAAGGCCCGCGCCACGGCCCGAAUCUCAGCCUCAUACGCCCCUGCCCGAACCAAGGAGACACUGUACGAACUGCUGGGAAUUGCAGAGGACGUGGGCAGCUAUUCCGACAUAAAAAAGGCGUACAAACAGAUGGCUAGAAAGUACCAUCCCGACGUUUCCCCACCGGACCGAGUGGACGAGUAUACGAGGAGGUUUAUUAUGGUACAUGAGGCCUACGAAACCUUAUCCAACCCGCAAACCAGAGCUCUCUACGACAGAGACUUGGCUUUCGGCGCCGGUUUUUCGACUUCUUAUAGGAAACAUCAGGACGAAAAGGAGGAGUGGAGAAGCAGCUGGCUGUCGCAAUUGGACGAACUGCAGCGACGCGAUUGUAGGGAUAGGUCGUCGUGGGGUUCUCGAAUGCGAAGCUACUAAUUAUUCUUAAUAUAUAUAUACAUAAAAUGUAAUUAGCCAUAGAUUAUGUAAAAAGAUAUGAAUCUCAAGUAUGAUUGUAUGAACAUAUACACGUUCAUUCAAAAAAGAAAGUAUGAAUGUAUAUACAACGGCGUAAUUUUAUUA